GAUAAAAGGGCACUAUAAAGGGCUGAUUUGUUGAUUUUUGACGCCGCUUUUUUAAUUCUGAACAGGCUACUGUUUUCUUUUGGAAAGAAUAAUCAGUCAUCUUCAGAUUUGUGAAUUGCCUUAUAGUAUUUACCAUGGAGAGGGAAGAUGAUUUUGGGCAUCCAAGCACUUCUCUAAUGGCAGAAAUAACUAUYAAGGGCAACGAUUCACCAUUAGAGUCUUCAAAAAACAAUUCAAGAGACAAUGUUGACGAWUCUCUUUCAAGAUGUCCAUCACGGAUCACACUGGAAGAAAUUGCGCCAGAUUGUGAUAAAAUUUCAAMCAAAAGUGCACUUAAAACGCUGUCAUGUAGUAGAAUACCCUUUUUACAUGUAAAGAAAGUCMUUGAAACAGAAAUGCUGGAUAAAAAAAUGCCRAGAAAUGUCCGUCGGUACUACAAACAACAGCAACAACUUGUAAAUGCAUUUGAUGAGAGUAUGGCCGAUGAUGACGAUGAUGAUGUGGAAGAUCAAGAUGAGAAACAUAAAGAGUCUGUUAUGAGRGUUGUUUUGCUCAGUCUGUUUUGUAAUAUUCUUCUUGUUAUUGGCAAGUCAGUUGCAUCUUACCUYUCUGGAUCACUGUCGAUUAUCUCUAGUUUGGUUGACAGCGCCAUGGAUCUGGUUUCUUCCCUUCUUUUCUGGUACACCAAUAGAUCCAUCAAAGGCACUAACUUUUAUGAAUAUCCUGUUGGUAAGACAAGGYUGGAACCAGUUGCCGUUAUUAUUCUAUCCGUGGUAAUGACAGUAGCAUCGAUACAACUCAUAAUCAACUCAAUUACAACCAUUGUUAGYAACUCUGCUGAUCCUGAGAUUAAAAUCCCAACUCUUGUUAUCAUUGGAACCACCAUUGUAACAAAAUUCCUGUUGUUUUUAUACUGCCGAMGAGUCCAUUCCUCUUCUGCAAGAGCACUAUCACAAGACCAUGGAAAUGAUGUUCUUUCUAAUGCCUUUGCUCUGGGUUUUGGCUAUUUAGGAUACAAAGUCUGGAAUAAUGCAGAUCCYAUUGGUGCYAUUGUUAUUAGUUUGUAUAUAGCAUUUAGCUGGUGGAGAACUGGUUCAGAUCAUGUUCGCAGUUUGACAGGUCAUACGGCACAGCCAGAACUUCUUCAACGUCUAAUACUUGUAUGCAUGCACCAUGAUCAACGGAUUCAGUUUAUUGAUACUCUGAGAGCUUAUCAUUUUGGUAAUAACUUGCUUGUUGAAGCCCACAUAGUCCUUCCACCUACAAUGACUCUGCAAGAAGCUCAUGAUAUUGGUGAACCCUUGCAGCAGAAACUGGAGAAAUUUCCACAAGUUGAAAGAGCAUUUGUUCACAUUGACUACGAGUAUGAGCAUAGUCCUUCAGAUGAGCACAAGAUGGGACAUGAAACACCAAAGAGAAUCUGAGCAAAUCAUACAACGUUUCUUAGAGUCAUAURCAUUCUCGUGCCCAGACUGGUUCAUAUGGUGAUCCCUGAUAUCAAGGGGAGGAAGAGAAAUGAUGCCUCCCUUACUUCUCCUUUUUUCACAUGAAGAUUUGCAGACACAAGAAUAGUCAUGAGACUUCUCUGAUCCCAACUGAUCCCUGACCCCCCCUCCCCACUAAUUGUAUCUUCCCAUCCAUUUUAUGCAAUAAAGUUCGAUCUUUGAUGAUUCA